UGUUAAGAUGUCUUCUGAAGGGCUAUUAAGAUUAGACAUAAAAAAUGGAAAAGUCUAUAUAUACACGUAGAACAAAAGGAGUAGCAAGUUACAAAUUAUGGUGAAAGCCUACCACCAAUGUUGUCCUCAAGGGCCCCAUUUGAGUACACUACAGUCUACCUGUUAGAAAUUAUAAGAAAUAACAACUGUAGUAAGAGGUGAAUCAGUGUUACUAUGUUACAAAUAACAAGCAUAGCAAUAUGGAGUAUGAAUGGGAAACAAAUGUAUGAACAGGGACAUUUUGUGGUUUAAUACAGUUGCAGUCCCUAUAUUCAAAUAAAACUAAUUUGGGUGUAAUAACGCAAAAAUGAUGUGAGGCCAUAAGGAGAGUCAUUGAGGCCCCUAAAACUUUCUUUUAAACAAGAAAGUCUGUGUCCCCUGAUGACAUCCUUACUUUAAGACUUGCUGCUGUGAUUUCCAAUUCAACUAGACUGGCUUUACAAUUGAAAAAAAAAAGGAUCCUUUUCUGUGACUUUGCGUAUUAAAUGUACUUAAAUGUGGACAUCAACAACUGUAUUGCCAGCUAAUGUAUAAGCAUGGUAGAUUUGUUCAUUGGGUCGAUUGUCUCCACUUUCUACCCACCAUUGUUUAGUAUAGUAUAAGUAUAACAACAUCUCCUUAGAUUUGUGUCCUGGAGACUGCUCCUUCGUGUGGAAAAAAGUUUCUGUGUCCUAGGGGCAAAAAAUAAAGUUAUUUCCUGAAUUUUUUUGGUGGGGCGGGAUCCAUGUCCUGACUCUCCUCUCCUGUUUAUUUUCCCCCUCCAGGAUCCUGAUACGUGGCUGUUUGGGAAAGCCGCGGCGACCGACAGUUACUCCUGUGCUGCAGCUAGCGGGUUCCUGCCCUCCGCAGCUGGGAGUCUGGUGAAACUCAGCGGCGCAAGCCUGCCUUCAUCAAGUCGGCCUGGAUGGCAGGGACACACUGGUGCAAAGACUGCCGAAACCACAAGCAUUAUUGGUUGCAAGUGCUUUUUGGACCGUGGGACGGAUGAAAGGUGGAAGCUGUAGGAAGCCCAGCUGGGCUGUAGCUGCUCUGUUUAUCCCAGUUACCCUGCUGGUGCUGACCUCCAGGGGGGCAUCAAGCAGCCAGAAGAUGACACAAACAUCCAUGGCUCAUGCAACAGCCGCGGCUGCAGGACCAGGCCCUAGCCUGACAGAUGACCUCCCAGGCCUCCGGGCAGUAGCAGACUUCUUAGCCAGCGAACAUGCUCAUGUUUGGUUCUUGUCCCUGGUGGGCUCUGUUGCUGUAGGCCUCAGUGGGAUUUUCCCCCUGCUUGUCAUUCCCAUCGAAGCUGGAGCAGCCCUCAAAACAGAAGCUGGAUGCCAGAAGCUGAAGCAGCUCUUGAGCUUUGCUAUUGGUGGUCUCCUUGGCGAUGUGUUCCUUCACCUCCUUCCUGAGGCAUGGGCACUUUCUGGCUCUUCAGCUGGUAAACACAACCACUACAUGACCCAGGGCCUGUGGGUAAUCGUUGGCCUGUUAUCCUUCCUACUCCUGGAGAAGAUGUUCCCAGACCAAGACAGCCAGGAGGAUCCCACUUCAGAUUCAGACCUGAAUUUUAACUCUGCUUCUGAUUCAGUUUUCAGUGGAAAUGCGGUGGUGUCACUCAGAAAUGGGCACCAUGUAGAGUCAUGGAAAUCCUCCAAGCAACAGAGUCUGCAGGAAAGAUCAGAAAAAAUCAAGACAAGCGGAUACCUAAACCUACUGGCCAACUGCAUUGACAACUUCACCCAUGGACUGGCAGUAGCAGGGAGUUUCCUGGUUAGCAAAAAGGUUGGGUUCCUCACCACCUUUGCCAUCUUACUCCAUGAAAUCCCCCACGAGGUGGGAGACUUUGCCAUUCUUCUGAGGGCCGGGUUUGACCGGUGGAGCGCUGCUCGCAUGCAGCUGUCCACGGCGCUGGUCGGGGUCUUGGGAGCUUGCUUCGCUCUGUGCGCUCAGUCACCAAAAGGCACAGAAAAUGCCACUGCCUGGAUAUUGCCUUUCACUUCUGGAGGCUUCCUCUACAUAGCCUUGGUGAAUGUGGUGCCUGACCUGCUAGAGGAGUCCAGUGUAAGGCACUCCCUACUGCAAAUCCUGCUCAUUUUCUGUGGCGUGGCUGUCAUGGCUCUUCUCUCUGCCGUUGUUGACUGAACAUGGAGGAAAGCCCCCCUCUCGCCUUCCCAAACAUUAAAAUACGGCACUGGAGAGAAAUCCUGUUUUCCACCUACCCCUCACCUCUGGUACUGCUCAUUCAUGGAAACAAAGAGAUUACAUCUCUUUGAUAUCAUCAUGUUACACUAAAAAGAAAUACAUGUCAGAAGAAUGGCACUUUAUGGUUGGAUGACAGAAAGGAAGACCUUGAUCUGCUGACAGGACAUUUGUGUGGACACAAUGUGCCAGACUUAAAUACCGAGGGAAUUAAGAGGGUUUGUAUGGAUAUGUGUUACCAAAUUGUCUUAAGUUGUUGAUCAGACAAUCAUGUUUUUUUGCACAUACAUUUACACAGGUGCACCUGAUGUACCUGCUCAACACAACAGGUAUUAUUGGACCUCCGUUUUUAAAAUGUAUUCAACCUUAAAUUGUUUAAACAUUUUACAUAUUGUUACUGCUGUGCAUCUUCUGUUUCUGAUGUAGCUGCUGCAUAUUUAUUGAAAAUGAGACAUACAGCUUUAUCAGAUACAUACCACUACCACUACAUCAUUUUGUCUUGCUAAGAAACAAGUGCCAAGAAGUCAGGAUGGUCUGUUACACUAGUGUCAGGUCUACACCAUAGUACUUUUUUUUUUUUCUGUUUGUAUCUUCCCCAAACAGUACAAUCUGCACCUUUUGAACACAAGUUCGUGCCCACCCAAAACUCUGCUUGUUGAAGUUAAUUGAAGAAAAAGAUUGGUACUGUAUGUUAAAAUAUAUAUAUAUAUAUAUAAAAUAGACAUUUACUUGUUGCCCAUAAUUUUGGGGAGAUUAGGGAGGGAUAACAACUCUUAGAAAGUUAACCAUGCAGGAUUAUUCACAUCACUAUGUUGUUAAUACACGUCUUGGUGAAAGUUUCCACCUCUGAAUAAAUAAAUAUAUAUCCUAUAAAAAA